AUGUCAGUGAGAAACAUUGUGACCCUAAGUCAUAAUCCGGCUAUCACAUAUAGCACAAAAGACGACGAUUUUAUUGAAGAUCCUACACCAUCGCCUGUUACUGAAAACGUUCCUUGGAUCUCUUGGUUCUGCUCUCGACCAGGUCGAGAAUAUUUUGUCGAGGUUCGAGAUGACUUUAUUGAAGACUUGUUUAAUUUGACUGGCCUUAAUCUUGCUGUACCCUUUUAUAAUGAAGCUCUGGAUCUUAUUCUUGAUAGGAAUAAUCCUGAAACUCUAAAAAAGCUCGAUAUGGGCGUGGUUGAAACAAGUGCACAGAUUCUUUAUGGUCUAAUACAUCAACGCUAUAUCAUUACCCGAAUGGGCUUACAUCAAAUGGCCGAGAAAUAUAGUACGGGUAUCUUUGGUUGUUGCCCUCGGGUAAAUUGUUGUUAUACACACGUUCUUCCUGCCGGCCGGUCCGAUGUGGUUGGAAGAAUGCCUGUUGUAUUAUUUUGUCCAAACUGCCUAGACUUAUACGCACCAUCUAGCUCCAAAUAUAAAAAUAUUGAUGGAUCCUUUUUUGGUACAACAUUCCCUCAUCUGUUCUUUGAAACCUACCCUGAACUCAACCCGAAAAGGGCUAUUCCAUGCGGUAAUAUCUAUCAGCCCAGAAUUUACGGAUUCAAGGUUAGUGAAUUCAGUAAAACGGGUCCUCGAAUGCAAUGGCUACGCAUGUAUUUGACCGAUAGUAGUGAUAGUGAUAGUGAAAGUGAAAUUGAAAGCGAAAGCGAAAGUGAUUAA